UCAGUUUGCCGCCAUUUUUAAUCAUAACCUAAAGUUGCAUACUCGCACGUGAAACUUUAUGUAAUUUAUAUUUGUACUCAUAUAUUUAUCUCUGUAUGUCUAUUUAUAUUGUUUAUUGAUAAUUAUUUAUUAAUUACUAACUAUUUUAAUAACAAAAUAAUAAAUACAUUUCAUUAUGGGGAUUAAAAUACCAAAAUCUGUGGUUUUUGGAAGUGCAGCCUGUACGAUUGUCGGCGGUAUUUACUUAAUCAAGGAUAAAAUUGCCGGAACCGCAUACGAAGGCAAUGAAAAAUUAACUAAUAAAGUUGUAAUUGUAACUGGUGCAAAUACUGGAAUUGGCAAAGAAGUGACACGUGAUUUAGCUAAACGUGAAGCUAAAGUUAUUAUGGCAUGUCGUGAUUUAUUUAAAUGUGAAAAGGCACGCAAAGAAAUCGUUUUGGAAACGAAAAACAAAUUUGUUUACUGUCGUCAAUGUAAUUUAGCAUCUCAAUCGAGUAUUAGAGCAUUUGUAGAUAAAUUCAAGAAAGAGAAUGACAGACUAGACAUUUUAAUUAAUAACGCCGGCGUAAUGCGAUGCCCAAAAGGUGUAACGACCGAUGGAAUCGAAACGCAGUUGGGUGUCAAUCAUAUGGGACAUUUUCUGCUUACUAAUUUACUGCUGGAUACUCUUAAAGCCUCAGCACCAUCGAGAAUUGUUGUGGUGUCAAGUGCAGCUCAUCGUAAAGGAAAAAUCAAGACCGAUGACUUUAAUAGCGAGAAUAGUUACGAUGGAGCUGAGGCUUAUGCUCAAAGUAAACUCGCCAAUGUCCUUUUUACCAAAGAAUUAGCAAAAAAAUUAGCCGGUACAGGUGUUACUGUAAAUGCAGUUCAUCCAGGGAUCGUUGACACUGAGAUUACUCGUCAUAUGUCUUAUUCUAAGAGUACUACUGCCACUGUUAUGGUGAAACCUUUCUUUUGGUUGUUUAUUAAAACACCUAAGCAAGGAGCCCAGGCUGUACUUAAUGCUGCUUUGAAUCCUGAGUUGCAAAAUGUAACUGGAAAAUACUUGAGUGAAUUUAAAAUUGUUGAAGAAGAAGAAGAAACAGAUGAAGUCAAAAAUAAUAAAUUAGCUGAGUGGCUCUGGAUCACCAGUACCAAGUGGACUAAAUUAUAGAAUAUAUUUAUUUUAGUUUCAUUUGAUUAUUUUAUUUGUUAUAUAUAUGUACAUAGUAAUUAAAAUUUGU